AUGUCCGGCAACAGGAGGAGGGGCGGCGCCCCCUGGCACAGCUUCUCCCGGUUCUUCGCUCCCCGAAGCCCUUCCCGGGACAAGGAAGAGGAAGAGGAGAGGCCAGGGACCAUCCAGACUCCGGCUCCGAGCCGGGGUGCUGCCAGUGUUGAAAAUGAGCCCAUGAGCACAAGUCAGAAAAAGGAAAAUGUGCCUUCGCCACAAGCAGUAAAGAUUCAGAGUGAAGACGAAAAGAGCCAUGCUGAGAAGCCAAUCACUCCUCCAAGGCAGGAAGAUUCCACAAAGCCAAGUCAUCUUCCCAGCGCUGCUUCUGAUACCAAAAGAGGAGAAGGCGACAGACAGCCCAAAGAAAGCUUUUUCCAGUUUCUUGGUAACUUAUUCAAUAUCUCAGGAAAACCAUCUCUUGGUGAAACCAGACAGCCUUCUUUAAAAGAUGACCAUGACAAAACUGAGAAAGACUUGCCAACUUGCAGGGACCGGCCUGAGGAAGAGCUCCAAAGGGAGGAGAUUUGCAGUGGCUCCGUUGAAGUUCAGAUGCUUCCAACUGAAGAACAGGAUUCCAAUUCCACUGAGCUCUCAGAUAGCUUUUCCCUGGAUACAACACAAGACAGUGAACAGGAAACCAACGAUUUGGUAAAACAAAGUGAUGAUAAACCGGAGAGGCCUUCAGUAACAUAUGCAACGUAUCAGGGCCCCAGGCAAAUUAGGAAAUAUUUUAAAAAACAGACUUCUCUGGAUCCUGUGAAUCCCCUGGGUGGAGAAAAUGAAAGUCCUGACCCCAGUCCAAGCAGACACCCUGGCCCCGGAAGUGCGAUUGGGCUUGGGAUAGCUCCAUCACUGUCAUCAACUCAUAUGGACUCGUCUAUGAAAGGACAUUGGCACGGAAGCCUGUUAGAAGACUCCGACUGUCACAAAAUAAAUCUCAGCACAGAAAGUCAUCUGUCAAACUACCCAGAACUGCAAAAUCCUGCUGCUUCCCAGGACGUUUUCAAUGAAAGUGGUUCUGGGAGCCCCGAGAGAAGUAGGUCACCUCCUCUGACUAAAUCCAGCUCCACUGUUGGAGCAUAUGACUCAGAGCAGUGGAUAAGCUGUGUCCCAGUCUCUCAGGCUGACAGAAAUUUGGUAGGUUCCACUUUGCUUGCAGGAAGUAACAGCAGCAACGUUCCUUGCCGUCCAGAUUUUCAGAAGCGAGCUUCAGCAGAAAACACUAUGAUGAGUGAUGGGACAUGGGUACACAAAGGCGAACACGUGGCACCUCAGAGCCCUGCGACUUCUGCCUUCUCUUAUGGUAAAGCUGAGGGGAGUGACACUACCAACCAGGAAAGUACAAACUUGCCAAUUCCAAAUAAAUCAAUUAGGCACGCAGAGCAGCAGUUGCCAGAGAGUAAGUGUUCUAACACACAACCCGUGGAUAGCUCGUCAAAGCUGGCUGCCAGUCACAUCAGCACCGUUGUUCUCCAGGGACAUGUUGUGACAGACACAGAAUGUGUAAAUGAAGGAAACCAGUCUACUACCCAAGACUCUCAAAUAGAUUUAGCUGUUACCGAAGUCAGGCAAGAACCCCCAACUGUUUCAGGUAACGUAAAAGCGCCCCAAAGUACAAAUGAGUCAUUACCCGAAGACACUGACCAGCUGUUUGCAAGAGAAACAAAAAAGCUUGAUUUUAGGGCACAUGACCCAACUCUUCAGACUGAGAGAAUAAAUCAGAAGGACUCUCCCUCUUUAAAAUGUGUCCGUGAUGCAGCAGUUGUAGCGGGCUUAGAAAAUAAGAUAGCACCUGAUUUGACUUUUGAAGUUAAUCGAAAUUACACUUCAGAAUCUUCUCUUGACUCUGAGAGUCCUCAACAAGCCAAAGUGUCACCAGAUGCUGAACUAUCUCUUACCUGGGACUGUAAAAAAGUAAAUUUUAAUACUUCACUUCCUACCUUUGUUUCUGGAGUUGGCGUGCUGAGCAAGUCAGAGACGACUGCUUUAAAGGACGAGGGUUCUUCGGUGCCCAUUGAAACGGAGGAGACCAACACUUCUGAUGUCUCUUGUCAGCGUCACGGAGAACAUAUGGCAGACCAUGUUGAACUCGCACACGGGAGAAACCCUUCUCGCCACCAUCAGCAUGCACCUGUCAUUUUUGACUCUGAUGAAGGUCGCCAGGUUCCACUAGGGCCUGAAAGCAGUGGUGUCCACUUAACUGGAGUGGACCCAUUGAGCUGUGAGACUGGAAGCCUCUCGAAGGACCCCACUUCAGUUUCAUCUCAAAGACCUAAUAAAGCAAAGCUUGCCAAAACGUUAGCAGAAGCUGAGGUGGAUGUUCAGAAGGGUGUUUCUGUUGAGUCAUGUUCUGGAGAAAGGAAAACUAAAGGCCCACCAGAGAAUUGUGUGUCUCAAACAAAGCCCAGAAGCCUUUCGCAGGAUGAAGCUGCUGCUUCUAUGUCUGAAAGUGCAGGUGUGCCAGCAAAGAACAUUUUGUCAGAAUUAGCUUCUUCAGACAAAUGUUUUCAAUCCUUGGAUCAUGAGAUGAAGGAGAAAUGUAGAGAUUUGGGCCCUCAAGAGAAUCGGGAAGUUGGACCACCGUGGCCCAGCUGUCAGGGUCGACAGGAGACAAAGGUAGAUGCUUUAAGGGUUCCUCCAGGUACUCCCUUUCUUCCUGAUCAUGAUGAAAAGGUGACCAGGCAAAUGGCCCCAACUUAUGAAACUAACCCUCGCAUUGUGUGUGACGUUUCCGAUAUUCAUGGGACCAAAAAGACUUCUGGACUCUCAGAAAUGGCCGAACUCAACUUAAUCAGUGUUUCCCCCAAUUUCCAAGAGACCACGAGGACAAAUACAAAUGCUGCUUGCCUCGGUUCUGAUGUCAGUUUGGGGGGAAAUGCCAUUGCCUCUGAGGAUUUGAGCUUUCCUAAUGUGCCUUCUGGGCUGAGAUCGAAACAGAAAGCCUCACCUUGCAGGGAGAAAGCGAAUUCGGGCUUUCUCUGCAGGUGUGUUGAUAGCGUAUCUUCUUCCUCUGGUAACCCUGAAGAGACUCGCCUGGUUACAAGUGCAUGUGAGCUAAAAACUAAGGACUCUCACAAAGUUACCAUAGACCUCUUACCUGAAGAUGCCCCCUUACCAAACCUGCUAUCCCCUGAUAGCUCUUAUUUGGAAUGUGAAACAUCUUUACCAACCGGGGCAGAAGGAAGCCCAGUUCAGGAACAUUUGGGGAUUCAUCCCGAGAAGCUGUCUCUCGACACCCCAGCUGCUGCUGUCCUGUGUGACAGCCCCGUGGAAGCAGGAGCUGCUAGAGCAGUUGCUGGGGCUCCAGCGUCAGUUAACAGCCCCCACCAGCAGUGUUCUGAGGCCGCUGCUGGGCACGCAGAAGCAAGGGGAAGGGCACAUGACCGACGUUUGGAUCCCAGAGGUGCUGUACUUACAAAGGCUGAUAAGUUCAUUGAUGAGAUUUUCAGCUCUGUUCGAGACGGACUGAAGUCCACACCCACUGCUGGCAUUCACCAGGGACAUAGAGCCGCGGAGGGGAUAGUGAAUCCAGAUCCCCUCAAAGGCAACCUUGAGGGAAACCCAUCGGAAGAAGGGACUCCAGCGGGGAUUCAACAGAAAGAGCGUUUGGGAAAGCAGGGCCUGGACAACAUGUCAGAAGGCAAAGGGGAAGAGAAGGCCAGUGUCGCCCCUACAGGUGGUGAGAAGAGUGUUCUUUUUCAUUCUGGUGGCAUGGAGGUGCCUUGUUUGUUAGAAGAUCAAGCGAGGGAAUUAGUUGGUGAAAUUCUUUAUUCAGCCCAAGAAAAUUUGACAAAUGACACUUUUGAUGAUAUUGAGGAUACCUGGGAUUCUGAACUUCAGGCUAGUACUUCAAAAAUUCUGAAUAGUGAUAGCAUUCAGCCCGAUAACAGAGCUAGGGAGUUCCUAGUAGCAGAGCAGGCAGAAAACCAAAGCACACCUGAAAGUAAAGAAAAUAAAGUAUUGAGUAGAUUCUUGUCUGUAAGUAACUUUGUUAGUGACGCAGAAUCUAUUAAAGGGAGAGAACUUGUUCCUUACCAAAAAACCCCAUGUGCUGGAGAGGAAAUAGGGUAUCCUGAUAGUACCAACGUGCACGGGUCGGGGGCGGGUUUACUCACGGAGGACGUGCCCCGUGAAGAGUUAGACGAUGCAGUGAAAACCCACUUGCUUCUCAAAGAGAAAAGUGUACUAGAGAGUGUGGAUAAUCACAAAACAAGGACAGACCCAAGAACGCUUGUGUUAAACUUCCAGUGGCCUCCAGUUGUGAACGAUGAGCCCCACGCUGCCCCUGGCACGUCCAAGAGCAGCUUCUCUGACAGCCGAGUAUGUGUGGCUGGUAAACAUGUGCCAGGACACACUAGUAAGAGCACACACGCAGCACUGCCAGAAGUAGGGAAAGUGCACAAAAAGGACCCGGAAGUGAGCAUGGGGACAAUUGAACUGGUACCUCCCAUGUUAGAGAUGGGGAAGGCAAACAGAAAGGAUGCCGGUUUGCAUAUUCUGAACCUGGAGGCAGCCCCUGCUAUGUUAGGAAUGGGAAAGCCGCCGAAAAAUGAUGCUGAGCUUGCCAGCACAAAAACGGAGCUAAGAGCUGACAUUUUUCACAUGGGGGAAAUCUGCCAAGUGGACGCUGAGAGCCGUGUUGAGAAAAACGAAGGGGUACCUGUCAUCCUUGAGUUGGAACAUGCUUGCAAAGCAGAUCCUUCAGGGGCUGCCGGCAAUAUUCAGGGGAUGCCCGCUCUGUGUGAGGUGAUGUCAGGGAAGCCUGAGGUGAGACCUGUUACGCUAGAAAUGGAAGAUAUUUGCCAAAAGGAUGCCGAAGGGGAUAUUGCCAAGACGGAGGUGAUGCCUGUUUCUUUAGAAAUGGAAAUGAUUUACCAGAAACAUGCCGAGGGGGAUAUCGGUAAGAACGAAAUAGCACCCGUUAGGCAAGAAGUGGGAACUACCUACCAAAAGGAGACAGAGGGGAGUUCUGAAAACACAGCAGUGCUGCCUGUGCCUUUAGAAACGGGCGCUCUCUGCCAGCAGGUUGCCGAAGCGGACGUUGACAACAUGUCCGAAGUGGGAAGGCUCUGCCAGCAGGAUGCCGAGAGGAUGCUGAAAACCACAGCGGUUACACCUACACCUGUGCCAUUCGAAGUGGGAAAGAUCCGCCCAAGGGAUGUGAAAGGAGACCCUGCAGUGACGGAGGGGGUGCCUGUUACAUCAGAAAGAGAAGACAUUGGCCCACAGGAUGUGGAAGAAGAUAGUGGCAAAUGGGAGGUGGCUACUGAGGUCGGGUUGGAAAUGGGAAGUCCCUACCCAAAGGAGGCUGCAGUGGGGGCUGCUGGGAACCUCCAAGUGUUACCUUUUAUGGGAGAUGUGAAGGACGCGCACAGAGAGGCCGAACCUGCCUCUGCCUUUUCAGAUGUGAAGUCAGCAUGUAAGAGGGAUGGCGAAGAGACGAUUGGGCCCGAGCUCCCUGUGAGAGAAAUGGAAAGAACACCCCCAAAAGAUUCUGCUGGGAAUAGUGGGAAGCAUGGAGCAUUAUCUUCCAUGUCAAACAUUGAUCAACCAUUUGGAGCAGGUCUAGAAUUGAAACUGACACCCUCAGAGGCCAUGCUGCCUCCUGAUUUUGAAGCUGAAAAGGUGCUGCAAGCGAUGGUUGGAGAAAUGGAGGAAGAGCCCACUGCAGUAAAGGCGAGCUUGAUAGCUGGUGACAAACGGUUUACGUCGCAUUUUGGGGGCUAUGAAUCACCUACCUUAAGUAAGGAUUAUGAAGGCUACCCAGCCUUGGGAGUGCCUGAUUUUCAACAAGAGGAGACCAUGGACACACCAGAGAAUCCAUCUUUUACUAUAUUGUAUGAAGAGCCCCUCCAAGAGGAGGACACAUACUACGCGUCUGCAGAUGUCAGGAGAACGCCCUCACUCGUGUUUCCCGACGUGUCUGCUGACAGUAUGCCUGUCUUGACAUGUGAAAGGUCUGAGAGUAGAACUGACCUCGUUCAUCAUUUUGAAAAGGAUACUAAGUUGGGUGAGACAUUCGAGAGUGACAAUUCAGAAAUGUUCCUGUCGGUGGAGGCCAAGAGGUACAAGAUUUAUCCCUUAGCUCUGUCUCCCAUCUAUGAGGAUGACAGCUCUCAGGAGGACAUUCUGUCCAGUGAGGUCUCACCUGGUCACCAUGGUGCCACAAAAUCGAGGGAGAGCACAAACCAGCCCUCUUCUGUUCUAUCCCUUCUCCAGUCAGUGUCCGAGCGUUUAAAGAUGGACUUUGAUGAAGAAGGACAGGGGGCAGAGAGGGAUGGGGAAGAGGAGGAAGCGGGGGAAGAACUUGUGCAUAAAGGACAUCUGAGACCUCAAAGGAGAGAACUCGCUCCCUUCCAGUUGCCAGAUUACCCGACUUCCUUUUCCCCCGAAGAUGACCAGGAAAGGACUGAAAUUACCAUUAACUCAUACACAGCGUCAAAUGAACCUACUACCUCCAAUAUGCAAAUUGGUCCUUGGCCAGAAAAAGCUUCCUUUCUACAAAAAUCAGACCUUACUUCUAAACUGCAUUCUUCUCUCAAGAGCGCCUAUCAUCAGUAUUUGCAGACUUCCAAAACCCACUCCUCGGAAAAAGGAGCCAGAUUUAGUGGGAUUUUUCAGGAACCCAUAUCAAAGACUUCUAUUCAAGACAACCCAUCCCGAUUAUUCACAGAGAAUGUUGACAAGCAUACCCUGAGGUGUAUCCCAAGACCUGGGAAGAUGGUCAUCUAUGAUCUCUGUGGAUGUAAAUGUAAACAAGAAAUCUACGGUAAUGUUCCCGAUGCUACAUCAUGGUCCUUUCCAAAUGGCGUACUGAUAAAAGUUGUGAGGGGCUGUUGGAUUUUGUAUGAAAAGCCCCAUUUCCAAGGUCAGAAAUGUGCGUUAGAAGAAGGGGAAACAGUGUUCAACCGCGACUGGAUUCCUCAGAGCCGCAAACAUCCAGAAAGGAACUUUGUAUUGGGUUCUAUCAAGCGGGUCUUAAAGGAUUGCAGCCUUCCAGAGAUAGAGCUCUGUCCCCAGUCCGACCCAGCACGCUGCCCGAUCUACAUCCAGCGCGCGGUCCCCGACUUGGAAGAACUGAACAUCCCCAAGUCUGUGUCCUUCACUGUGAAGGCAGGAGUGUGGCUUGCCUACCCAGACACCAAUUUUAAGGGACAAGCUACAGUUUUAGAGGAAAACCAUGGACUCUUUGAGAUUUCAGCAACUGAAAUGAAAUCAUUGCAUCCACUUCAGAUGGGUGGACUGAAAGUGGAAAUGCCUAUGAACCUAAAGGUUAUUAUUUAUGAGAAACCGCACUUUUGUGGACAGGCCAAGGAUUUUAGUGAACAUAUAGAUUCUGUUCCUAAGUUUUUAAAAAACGAUGGGGAAAAUUUUCAUGGAAUUGGAUCAAUUCGUGUCAUCGGUGGCGUGUGGGUUGCCUAUGAAAAGGAGCAUUUUAAGGGCCACCAAUUCCUGCUUGAAGAAGGGGACUUUGAAGACGGUUUUGCCUGUGUGGCACUAAGUGGCCCCAUCAUGUCUUUCCGGUACUUACAAGCUAAUUUUAUAGAAUCUUCUAUCACGCUGUUCGAAUCUGACCUGGAAAGCGGGAAGUUUGUUGAUAUUAUGAAUCAGGAAAUUUCUGAUUUAGAAGAAAUUGGCUUUGGCAGUGAAACAAGAUCCAUUCAUGUGAAAAGUGGAGUAUGGGUUGCUUACCAGCAGAAAUUCUUUUGUGGAGAGCAAUACAUUUUAGAAAAAGGAAAAUAUAAAUGCUUUUUUGAUUGGGGAGGAUCAAGUAACAUAAUCAUGUCGAUACGACCUGUCCAACUGGAACCGCUUGGAAUAAAUGAGCCUCCGCACUUGCUCAAAGCUUUUCAUAAGCCAGGGUUCCAAGGUGAAUGCGUAGAUUUCACGAAAGAAGUUUGUGAUUUGACUUCACUCACGCCAUCGUCUUUUAAAGUUCUUAGGGGCUGUUGGCUCCUGUAUUACCAAGGGGACAGCUCUGUUCAUCAGUGUGUGUUAGAAGAAGGCCUCUAUGCUGACCUUACUUCCUGUGGCUGCCCAGCGUCCGAAGUCAAAUCCCUCAAGCCCAUUGGCUAUGUUUUUGAAGAACCUUCCAUUAGCCUUUUCGCUCUGGAACACUGUGAGGGAAGAGAGCUACAUCUAGAAGAGGCUGUGAACUCUGUUCUAAAUAAGGACCUGCACUUCUACACCCAGUCUGUGUGGGUAAAGAGUGGACAGUGGAUAGCUUACGAAGGAUCUAAUUUCUUAGGAAGACAAAUCCUACUGGAGCCCAUUGAGAUUCCAAAUUGGACAGCAUUCAGUGGGUGGAAAACGAUUGGAUCUCUCCGUCCUAUGAAACAGCCUGCGGUGUACAUCCGGAUACGGAACCGAGCCCAGAAUGAGUAUCUGACCGUCACUGGAAACCUCGCCGACAUGAGGGCGACCUCCGUGUGCAUUUCUCCCUACAGUGGGAAAAACACGCAGCUCUGGCACUACUGCCGAGGACUCUUCAAAUCCAAGGCCAGCGAUACAUGUCUUGAUGUGAUUGGUGGCCGGGACACCCCUGGAGCUAAAGUAGCCCUAUGGAUUGAACACGGACAAUUCAGGCAGAAGUGGAGACUGAACAGAAAUGGAACCAUCAGCUCUUACCUCAGUGACCAACUUGUCCUGGAUGUGAAAGGAGGGAAUUACUACGACAAGACUCAUGUGAUUGUCAAUCAGUCCCUGGAAGGAGAAGAAACACAGAAAUGGGACAUUGAGAUAUUAUGAGCAUCCACGACAGAAAGAAAGCACAAAGGAAAAGGGAGCCGUGUGUCCUGCACAGUCUAGCAUUUGCACCAGGGAAAAGAAACUGCUGUCCUCAGACUUCUGGAUCCCCAAGCAGAAUGAACUUGUCCCUCAGCCUCAAGGCUGUAUGCAUUGCUCUUACCCGGGGAAAAGCCCAAACAUUCUCGCCAGUGUCUCGGCGAUGUUCCUGUGAAGAACACGAGUGUGUUCUGUAAAGCCACACCGGGAUUGGAUUUCUCGUGAAGGUUCUAUUCCUGAUUAUUCUCCACGUGUGGUAAGGAUGUCUUGUUAAGCCUGUUUUCUCUCCUGUUCACCAAAAUGUGACUUCUGGUCCUGGAAGCCACUAGAGCAAACUAGUGACACAGGCAACCCUGCAUUAGUUACAGUGAUCGUCUAGUAGAUGUGUGCAUAAGGCCCAGGUAAACACAACCCCCAGGGCCCUACCAUACUUGUUGGAAAGAAAGGACUAACUGAGCAGCAACUGAAAAUGCAGUUAAUAGGUAUUCCUGUUAAGCUGCUGUAUGUGGUAGACCACAGGUUCUUUUCUGAAAGCUUUCAUCACUGAAGCACCAUAAAUAACUAUUUCCACACUUGAUCCCAGGGAGGAACCUCAGUUUUGUUAGGAAAGAGGCACAACCUGGGAGUCUCCUCUGUGACGCUCCUUUCCCCUGCCUUCUUGAAAAAAGGGCAAGUGGCCCACCUUGCACUCCUGGGUGUCAGCAAGCAUGUCCCUCUGAGUGACAUGACUAACGGAUGGCUUCCCAACACGGUGCUGAGACCCACCCCAGUUAUGCCUUAUCUGCCUGCCCUCCAAGAGAGGUGUCUGUAAAGGCUGCGCCACCGAAGCAGAACAGUCCACAUUUCCCUUUGCUGAAAGUCAAGGGAAGUUUGGAAUGUUCAUAUAAAGGCAAAAUAAUAUUUCAGCCUUGACCUUAACCAUUUUCAAGUAAAGUUUACUUCUCUACGAAGUCACGGAUUCUCGGUUUUCACUCACAUUUUAAAGUUUGUAUUGUAAAAGUCAGAAGGAAAUCGUCUUUGACUUAGUCUGGAGGAAUCACCACUACCACAAUUUGCAAGUGUCUCUCUCUGAGCUGGAUCUAAACUUAACAUUGAGACAGCUGUUCCCUUCAUCCCCAACUUUGGCCAAGAAGCAGAAAAAUGCCUGCUGUGUUUUGAUACAGAAAGAUAUUCUCUAGUGAUAUUUUUAAACUAUCAACCUUGAUGCACUUUAGAAUGUAAAAUAACAGUAAAUAGUUUCAACGCAGACCCAUUGAGUGUUUUUUAGGGAGACCUUGUCUUGCAAUGUAAAUAUACUUGGGGAUUUUUCCCCUUCAACCUCAGGCUCUGCUUCAUUUGUCAUCUUUCCAAGCAUCUGUAAAACUCCCUAUGCCCCAUAGAUUUGAGCCUCUCUCUUUGGUGUGGCAGUAUUAUGUAAUAAAGCUUCUGUUACAGGAAUAACUUUUAAUUUGGGGGGAUGAGGGGGGAACGUGUGUGUAUACAAAGCCAUGUAUAUUUUUGUUGUAAAAAAAAAGUUGAUUUGUGUUAAUUGUUGAAUAAUUUUUCCAGAGUCAUUUGGACUCUUUAAAGAAGUUGUUUUUUCCAAAGAACAAAGACAGAGUCAGGUAACUACGUUUUAACUUUAAAUGAUACAUUUUAUUGGAGUUGUGCCUUUUCUAUCACACUGGAUUAAAUAAACUUAUCAAAAGUU